AUGGCCAUAGGGGUCUGGCAGCUCCUACUGGACAUGGGAAUUCUUUCAUCAGUGGACCAGCAUUUAUACUUUCAGGACACGUAUGUUUUCUACCAGAUUUCAUCUGAUGAGUGUAACUACUUGUACUGGGAGUUUGAGGGAGAAGAGGCAUGGCAGAAUGGUGUCAGACUCUUGCUGCAGCUUGUGCCUCUCAUUCCCAGUCGAGCUGGCAUCUGUGAACUGUCAGUUAACAUUUAUGCAGGCUUCCCUGAUUGCUCAGGUGAUGAAGCAUCUGCCCACAAUGCAGGAGACCUAGGUUUGAUCCCUGGGUUGGGAAGAUCCCUUGGAGAAGGAAGUGGCAACCCACUCCAGUACUCUUGCCUGGAAAAUCCCAUGGACGGAGGAGCCUGGUAA